CUUCUCUCCACUCUCCAAACACCACAUCAUCGUUCAGCUGAGCAGCUUCUUCCUGUUCGGCCCAGUAACACCAGUUUAAUCCACCAUAAUUCACCAGUUCAGUCUAAAUCAUGCAAAUUUUAUUAAUAAUUUAGAAUUAAUUUCAUUAGAAAAGCUUUGAGCUCCAGAACUGCAGCUGAAGAUGAAUGGAGACGAAGCUACUGAGAUCAAACCAGGAACAAACCGAGAGACUCUGCAGAACCAGGAUCUGAGUUUCCUUCAGACUAACGUUACGACUUUGUUUUCGGAGUACGGCUGGUACCUGCUGAUCCUGUGUGUGGGAGUUUAUCUCCUCAUCCAGCAUCUCACUAAGAGGAGACCCAGUCAUGAUCCCAGUUCCACCUCAGCAGCACCUCAAGACCCCGGCUCUGUGGUGAGACGGCAGGAGGCUCUGGAGGCAUCACGCCUGAGAAUGCAGGCCGAGCUCGACACCAAAGCUGCCGAGUUUAAGGAGAAACAGCAGAGACUGGAGGAGGAGAAGCGACGGCAGAAGAUUGAGAUGUGGGAGAGCAUGAAGGAGGGCAAGAGCUAUAAAGGGACCAGCAGACUCACACCGAACGAUGAGGCUGGAAGCUCCACCACAGUGCUGAAGCCGAAGACGGACAGAAGACCCCUCAGAGACAGCGGAUUUAAUCCUCUGAGUGGUGAUGGAGGAGGAACCUGCUCGUGGAGACCAGGCAGACGAGGACCUUCAGCUGGUGGAUGAGGUUAAAGGAGGUCAGAGGGACGCGAACCUGGUCACCUCUGACCCUCCGGCCUCAGUCAGACAGCACGAAUAACAACUGAACGAAGCCGCCGCCACAUCAUGGAUUAGUUACAGUGAUUUAACUGCUCAUCCUAUUACAGCUCUCCCGGACCUUCCCCAUAUUGUUUAUCUGUAGUAGUUGCAUUGUAAAGAUGAAGCAGGAUCCAUGUGAGAUCGACGGCUUGUUAUGACGCCUCCUCACUAAAGGGACUCGAACCUGUGAGGCGGGCUGAUGAGUUUCAGUUGUGAUUGUGUUUCUGAUUAAUAAUAAACUGUAGUGUGAGGUACGGUGGUGGGUGCACCUCCCUCAGGAGGAACAUGUGGGAGGAGGGCAGUUGUGUGGGGUGGGGGGAGAUUUGUUAACAUGGCCUGUUUACUGCUCACCUGUUGGAGGAGGCACCUUCACCACAGUGCACAGGGAAUUGAGUAUAUCCAAAUUGGGACAAAGUUAAAUUCAAACAGAACAAAAAUAAACAGAAUUUUUCUGCUGCAUCGUCACUGUAAAUGUUUCAGUUUUUUAACUAUAAAAUGAUUCCAAAUCUG